AUGACAAGUGAUCCAAUGUUCAUUAGUGGAAAUGAAGAAAAACGUCAUUUUGAUCUGGGAAAUUCAGGAGAUGAAGAAGAAGAAGAUCAACCUUUAUCAUCAUCACCUGGAAAUUCUAACGAUGAUGAACAGAUGAUAAUAAAAAAUAAAGUGGAAACAUUUGAAGAUAAAAAACUUACGAAAUUAUAUGAUAAUUGGUUAGAGUUUGAUGCUGAAAUACGUGCAUUUGAACCAAAACAUAAAGAAUAUGUUCAAAAAUUAGAUGAAGUUGAAUCACUUAAAACAAUCUAUAGAAAUCAAUUUAAUAAAUACAAUAAAAAAAUUCAUCAAUUACAAAAUGAUGUUGCUCGAUUACGAAAAUCAUACGCAAAAAAAGAUGAAGAAAUAAAACCUAAAACUUUGAACUCAAGUCUGAAAACUCAAAAAAAUUCUCAAUCAACUGCAAAUCUCUUAUUAAGUAGAAAUCUCUCAUCUCCAUCAAGUCUACCAUCUCAUCUACGUCCAUUAACAUCAGUAAAUUCAUCACCAACAUUAGAUAAAUUAGUCGAUACAUUAUCAUCUGCUGAACGUUUAAAUAUCAUAUCUAAUAAUUUAAAUACAAAUGAAUUAUAUCUAACAAGAAUCUCUGAUACAUUACCACGUAAAGAUCCAUAUUUAAGAGUAAUUCUCGGUGGUGUUGAUGUUUCAAUAUUGAAUAAAGCUGAUAAAUGGAAAUAUAAACAAGAAUAUGAAAAAUUUAAAUUUAUUGUUACAUGUAUUUCAUUAGUCUCUUCACUUGUUAUCUGGUCAUUAACAUCACGUUAUCGUGCAUUUGAUGCACUAUUUCAUUUCUUACUUGUUUGGUAUUAUUGCACAUUAACAAUACGAGAAUCUAUUUUAAUCGUUAAUGGCUCAAAUAUUAAUCCUUGGUGGAGAGCGCAUCAUUUCAUUGCAACAGUAGCUACAGGUAUUCUAUUAACAUGGCCUGAAUCUCCUUCCUAUCAAGCAUUUCGUACGCAAUUUUUCGUCUUUUCAUUUUAUCUUAGUUUUGUUCAAGGUCUACAAUUUUAUUAUCAACGUGGUUGUCUCUAUCGACUUCGUGCGUUAGGAGAAACACAUGAUAUGGAUAUAACUAUUGAAGGAUUUCAUCAAUGGAUGUUUCGUGGUUUAUCAUUUUUGGUUCCAUUUCUUCUUGUUGGCUAUUUAUUUCAAUUAUUUAAUGCAUAUUCAUUAUGGCAAUUAGCACAUGAAUCAUCUACUCAUGAGUGGCAAGUCUAUGUCUUAUCAAUAGUAUUUUUUAUAUUAUUUUUGGGAAAUAUUUUAACAACAUUAAGUGUUUUACGUGACAAAGUCCGUGAAAAAACUCGACCAGCAUUAUUAAAACAAAAAUAUCAAAGUUUUAAAACAUUUUUAUCAACAAAUUAUCAUCGAAGAUCAAGAUCUUAUAAUCUACAACGUAAUCGAGAACAUCCUUUAACUAGAAAUGAAGAAAUUCAAAAGAUUUCCAAAGAAGAUUAA